CACAAAUUAAAGGUAGUUGAGCCUCCUCCCUUGAGCCGGUCCACAGCUGUCGCUUGUUUUGGUCCUCGGCGUCAAGCAUCAUGGCGGACGUGUUGGACAUCGAAAAUGCUGAAGAAUUUGAAGCCGAUGAGGAUGGCGAUCGAUUGGUCAAACUCAAGGAAAGGGCGAAGAAGCGCAAGGGUCGUGGAUUUGGCAACGAAGACCGGUCAGAUCGACAAGAUAUCAUGUAUGAGGGCAUGACGGUAGAUGAAGCAGAUGAUGAACCAGGACCUCAGAGAUCUGUAGAGGGUUGGAUCCUCUUUGUUACCGGUGUCCAUGAAGAAGCACAAGAGGACGAUAUUCAUGAUAGGUUUUCAGAGUACGGUGAGAUAAAGAAUAUUCAUCUCAAUUUAGACCGUCGAACAGGAUUCCUUAAAGGUUAUGCUUUGGUAGAGUUUGAGACCUUCAAGGAGGCUCAAGCAGCUCUGGAUGGGCUCAAUGGUACACAAAUUCUUGGCCAGACAAUCACAGUGGAAUGGUGUUUUGUUAAAGGACCAAGAAAGAGCAAGAGAGACAGGCGACGGCGAUAAGUGAUCAAGUUUUCUAAUGUGCAGCAAAUUGAUGAUUGUGUGAUAAAUUGUAAGAAUUUAAUUUUAUGCAAUUAUAUACUGUACAAUAUUGUCAGGUAUGGUGUUCUGAGUAUGAUAUUUAUCUGAAAAUAUCUCCAUUUAUUAUUUCACACAAAAUAUAUCUGUACGUUGCCAAUUCUUCAUAAUGUAUGUUGUAAAGAAAUAUGAAAAUUUGUAUUUGUUGUGAGAGGAAAUUGCAGUACUGUACUGUAUAAUAACAACUUAAUGAUUACUUAAUAAACUGCCAAUAGAACCUAUAAAUAAAUCUGUAAGGCAGAUAAAAACACCCAAUAAUGAUAACCAUGUAUUUUUGGGGACCUGGUUUUUUGUUACUCAAUAAAGACUUGUCAUUCUA